AUGGCCCCCAUGCAUCUCUUUCUGAGAUGCGUCUCUCUUGGACUUGCCGCGUUUUCUGUUUCUUUGGCCCAGCAGUUGGCAGCAGAAGCAUGCGAAGAAGGAUAUCCGGCCAAGACCAGGGAGCUGCUGCAACAUGUGCCACUUCGCCGUUCGAUUUCCCCGGUGACGCCGAAUGUUGGAAGCAAGGCGCUCCGACCAAAUGAAGGAGGUAUGCCAGACGUGAUUCACGUGGGGGUGCUCUUGAAGGCAUUCUACGGCACGAACCUGCACGACGAGUACUGGGAGGGCGAUAUUGUCCUUAGCUUCUCAUGGCACGACCCUCGAGCUGCGGGCUUGGUUCCACAGGACUUACGCCACCGUAUCCUAUCCUCAGAUCAAGCAACCCAGUUGAUGUGGAUGCCUGAUAUCGUGAUUACGAAUGUAGAGAUCGAAGGCCAGCAGGUUGUGUCCACGUCCAUCUACGUGGAUGACAGCGGCAACGUGAAUAAAACCCAGCGCGUUCUGGUGAGGAUAAAGGAGGAGUUCGAUGGCAAGGAGUUUCCCUACGACAAGCAGGCAUUGACGAUUCAGCUGGCAUCCGCUACAUACAUGGACGAUGCUGUCCAACUGGUACCGUGCAAAGACUAUAGCUUCACAGAUGCCGGGCCUGCUCAAUUCGCAAAGUCUGACUGGACGUACUUGUGGAAUGACUUGACGUCGUUUGUGGAGAUCUCUGGGCCGCUUCGAAAAAGCCGUGCUCAGUUUGUCGUUCAUAUUGUCCGCGACGCCUCGCCCUUUUUGAGUGGCACCAUAUUCCCAGAAAUCAUGAUCGUUGUCCUCGGAUACACAGUCUUCCUUUUCCCUGUCAAUCCUGGCUUUGCCAUGCCGCGUGUCUCAUCCGCAAUGAUUGCCUUUCUGUCCAUUCUCACGAUCAGCACUCGGACAUCAGCGAUGCUGCCAGAGGUCCGUCGCGGCAUCGUUUGGAUGGAGCUCUUCGAGAUAGUUUGCAAGAUGCUUUUGUUCACAACAGUUUUACUCAACAUCCUGACGGAGCGGGUUUUCCACACUUGGCAACAGCCGGAGCUUGCGCAUCGGCUCGUCUACGAGCUCAGAGUGGGCUUCCCUGUUGUCGCCUUCGCCUCAUUGGCUUCCUGUUGGUUUGCUACAGGGCAGCACUUGCAGCUCUUUGCUGCAGUUCACAGAAUAGCUCUGUUGGCUGCAGUGACGCUGUUCAUUUGGUCCGUGGUGCUCCGGGACCGUGGAAAUACAAUGGAGAAGUGA